ACAGAUUUUGAUAAGGUGUUAUGGAGUUGUUAAGAAGAAGAUGAAGAAAUUGACUUCUUACAGAUAAACUUCCAUUGUGAAUACUUGGACCCUGCAAUUCACAGAAACAAUGAAAGAUUUCAGAACCCAAUGUAAAGAGAGAUCUCCCUGACUGAGGGAAAUCAACAUAAAACCACAGGAUAAAGAAGAAACAGAUGUCAACUGUCAGUGAUGUAUAGAGCAGUGCUACAGAAAUCUGUCAGAGUGUCUGGUGUUAGAGGGUGUCGUCACAUUUCACGUGUUACAUCAGACCGGGUCUGGAUCAGUGAUGAUGAAGGCAAUCUUAUACUGACAAACACAAAAGGAGAAGAACUAGAUCACGUGACAGAUAUAGGUAGUGAUGAGGGAGUACACACUGUAAACCGUGAGUGUGAUCUAAUCUACAUAGACAGUGAAUAUAACAUUAAUAAACUGUCUACAGAUAACAAAGAAAAGACUACGAUAAUAAAGUACAACAAACCAUGGAGACCAGUGAGUGUCUACAGCUCCCCCUCCACUGGAGACCUGCUGGUCGGGAUGUGUAUGUAUAGAGAUGAUACAUUUACAGCCAAGGUAGUACGGUAUAACUCCACAGGAAAAAACAUCCAGACCAUACAGCACAACAACAAAACGGGUCAGGAACUGUAUAGAUAUCCUGGAUACAUCACAGAGAACCGUAAUGGAGAUGUUAUUGUGUCUGACUAUUACCGUAGUGCUGUAGUGGUGACAGAUCGUGACGGUAAUUACCGAUUCUCCUACACAGGUCCUCCAUCAGGAUCAGGACUAUGGCCAUGUGGAAUCUGUACUGACGCGCUGUCACACAUCCUGGUCUGCGAUGGUAACACCGACUCAGUACAGAUGUUAGAUAGUGAGGGUCACUAUCUGACAGAGGUACAGACACGACAACACGAGAUAGACAGACCAUGUGGCCUGAGUUAUGAUGAGGACACACACCUACUGUGGGUAGGGGCAUAUCACAACAACACAGUCAACCUAUACAGAGUGGUAGAUACAGACUCUCUGACUGGACUCCCUCUGGAGGACAUCAAAUGUAUUAUACAUCCCAGAAUUCCGCUGGACCAGUUCUGUACCCCGUGUGGUGUUCCCUUGUGUGUGGAGUGUACCAGCUCUGAGGAUCACAGCAGACAUGACCUUAGAAAUAUAGAGACAUUGUUUGACAACAUUCACAGGAUAGAAGAUGGAGAUACACUAUUGAUGUGCCUUCUUCUGUCCGAUUCCUACAGAAUAAACAUGAAAGAAGGAAACUGGAUGACCAAAUAUAAUUCUGUUGCCAAAUGUCUUAACUCAAAGGAAAUCAAAAAGCCAUUUGUCCAUACACAUUUAGAAAAUUACAAACCAAUUCUGAAACUCAAUGAAUCAGAGAUCAGUUUUUCCUCUGAGGUCUUCAAAAACAUUAGUUUCCUUAAAUUUUCAAAGAGUUUUGAGUUUAACUUUACCGAUAUUUUCUUAAGUUGGGCAAAAAAAGAAAACAUCACCGAAUACUGUAGAUCCUGGAAUUAUCGGAGAGGACAGGAUGAAGUUUGCUGUUGGUUGCUGCCAGAAAAAAAUGAGGAGUUUUUAGAAAGACUUGGAGAAGAUGUUUUCACGCACCCAACCAUGGAAGACCAAUCAUUCCAUGAAGACGUAUUUAGGAAACUAGGAAUACCAAUGCAGAUAAUCCUAAGGGGAGACAAAUCAGUGACGAAUUUCAUUGAGAAUUUAAAGAAAGGGAAGACAACCAUGUACCACGCCUCUGGGAUGAUAAUAGGGUGUGCCGGUAGUGGGAAAACAACACUGUUAGAGAGACUGAAGGGUAUUGACUUGGAGAAAAUAAAGAAAAAUAUCAGGUCAACUAGAGGAGUCGAUAUCCACACAGAUUUGUUUGAUGUGACAGAGAGCAUCCAAGCAAAUUCUUCACGCCAACAGCAACACUUUAAACUUCGACUUGAUAAAAAAGAUAUGAAUCAGAGUGUUCCUGAAUCUCAUUCAGAAAAUGCAGCCGAUGAUGAGGAAACGCAGGAAAAGAUGAAACCAGUUGAAGAAGAGGGCAAUACGACUGAAGCAUCAAGCAGUGGACAGAUAUCACAUGAUGAUAUCGACAUUAACCCUACCUCAUCCCAUGACCCACAGGGGGCCACAUCACCAGAAAAAGUAGCAGAAGUUAUGAAGGAAAGAAAAGAUAUUAGUCAUAGUCCAGAAAUUUCUGGAAAAUUACAGAUAGGUGCAGAAGAUAUUUCAGAAGAUCCUGAUAAAAAAAUAACCAUGACUGACUUUGCAGGACAGUGUUCAUAUUAUGCCUCACACCAGAUUUUUUUGAGUCCGCGGGCAUUCUUCAUCCUGGUGCUGAAUAUGGAGAAGAAGUUUGAUGAUAAGGUUGGAGAAGACGUGUGUUGUCAGGAAGGCUCCGUUUACGGGGGAUGGACACACAGAGAUUAUCUAGAAUUCUGGAUGAAGUCCAUUCAUCAAUAUGGCAGUGAUAAGGCUCCUGUCAUCCUGGUUGGUACACAUAGUGAGAACAAAACAGAAAAGGAAAAAGAAUUGUUUUUCCGAGAAGUUUGGAAGACUCUUGACAUGAAGAAGAAGUCUUUGCAAAAACAUAUUGAUGUGAAACGUCGAUUUGCGGUUGGAUUCCAUGACAAUGAAAGCAUUGAAAAUCUUAAGCUGUCCAUCGCUGAUGUCGUGUGCAAGCUUGAUCACUGGGGUGAAGAGCUUCCACAGUCAUGGGCUAUGUUUGAAACAUUCUUUCAGGAAAAGAAAAUUCGCAAGAUUUUGAGUAGGGUUGAACUUCAGUCUUUCAAUGAAACAUUGCCAGAGGGAAUAAAGCUCCAUACUAUUGAAGAUAUGGAUGCCAUGCUGCAGUUUUUCCAUGACAUCAGAGAACUUAUACACUUUAAUCACCAAUUCCUCAAUGAAGUUAUUAUUCUCGAUGUUCAGUGGUUUGCAGAUGCAUUUAAAAAUAUCAUUACAGAUAAAAACCAUGCAAAAGAAGAUUUGUUUAAAUUUGCAUCAGAAUGGGACAAAUUCAAUGAAACUGGAGAGUUAGAUGAAACACUGCUUUGUGCCGUAUGGAGAAUGAACAACAAUGGUUACAUCGAACAUAAAGAGGACAUCAUGGUGUACAUGGAAAAGCUAGGACUCUUAGCUAAAAUUAGAGACAAAAUAUGGUAUGUCCCGUGUAUAAACAAGAUGCAAUUUUCAGUAGACUGUUUUUCAUCCUACCCUGCCUCCUCCAUCCUUUGCUACACAUUUGAUGUUCUUCCUUUUGAAAUUUUCCAUCGCCUUGUAGCAAUGUGCAUGCAGAUUCCCUGGGAGAUUUUUACAGAUGAAGAAAGGGGAUGCAUUUACCAGACUGCAGCUAUUUUCGUGUUUCAUGACCAGCAUCAUAACAUCAUGCUUGGAAUGACUCAAACAGAAAUUCAGUUGCAAGUGUUUGUUGUUGAGGGAGAAGUUGAUGUUUCAACCUGUCACCUGAUUAGAGAAAACAUUGAGCAUAUAUUACACUCCCUCUCCAACACAUUUCAAAAAAAGUCAGAUAUCCAUGUUGCAUUCAAAUGCAAAUCUACCGGAUUUUGUGACAGUAAAGAAAGCGUUGUCAUUACUGAAUCUAAGUUUAUCAAAGAAACAUUUCUGUGUCCAUCCUGUCCAGCAAACAAAAAGCAUCGUAUCAACACAGAAGAUAUAACAAAAUAUUGGAAACAGAUAAAACCAAGUAUUUCCAAUACUACAAGUACUUCUGGACAAGACUUGGGGGGUCGAUCUAGAUUUGCCAAACUUGGAAUUGCAACAAACGAUGUGUUGAAUGAGACAUAUAGAGAUAUACUAGAGUUGGAGGUUCCCCCUUCCGUUAUUUACAACAAAGUGAAAGCAUCAUCAAUCUAUAAAAGAUUACGCCCUGAGCAAGAACAUCUCUUACAAAAUGCUCAAAUAUCAGGAUAUAAGAAUUUUGAUAUUUCAUUAACAUACACAUUGAUCAGAAACAUUUGUAAAAAGGUUCCUAACCCAAGAAAACGAAAAUGGGGAGGCGAGCCUGCAGCAGGAGAUGUGACCGUGGAUGACGAUAUCGAGAGAAUUAGGUUAAUCCGGAACGGUUUGACUGCACACGUUAGCUCAGCUUCAACCCCUCAGAAAGAAUUCGAUGACACCUGGUUAAUGAUGUCAGACAUCUGCAAAAGACUUGAAACAUUCACUGGAAAGAAAUACUUGGAUAAACUUAAUUACAUUCAAAAACUGACUCUGAAAGAGGAAGAAGAAGAUGAUAUUAUAGAAAAGGUUAAAAUGGAAAGUCAGCAUGAAAUGGUGAAAGAAAUGUGGUCAGAUAUGAAAGAGCUUAAAGAAGCAGUAAUGAGAUCUGAGACCAAGCAUGCUUCGAACUAUGAAUAUUAUUCAUAGAAUGUUAUAUUCACCUGUGUAUAUAUUUUAAGUAUUUUUGAACUCAUUGAAUAUUUUUUAUAUUCCAAGCAUUUGAUGUCUGACAAAGAAAAGAAAUAUUCAUAGGAAAGAAGAACGAGGGUUGAUCCAAACAUAAUGUCAAUGUGUUCAUAUACAUGUAUUUCAUGUUACAUGUAUAUAAUGUUUGGAGUCAUAUUAUCGAAUAUUAUGUACCAAAAGAUGCAUAAAAAUAAAACUAAUCAAAAUUGAAAAUUUCAUUGAAUAAUGUUUAAUUGAAUUUAUUUUAUAGACGUUUAAAACAUUGAACAUAGGGGGUGUCGCCGCGUCACAACUAAGCGUUUCGUUUUAAAGUGCAUAUUGUUAAUAGAAUGAAAAAAAAAUACAAACACAUUAAAAAGUAUAUACAGUGUAUGCAAAAAAAAAUAUGUAAAAAAAAUCGUGUAAUCGCCCAAUAUUUUAAGGUCAGACAAGACGUUCCUCAAAAUCUGUUUUGUAUAUCUUUGUAAUGUAUGAAAAAUAUUCAAAAUUUUAAUAACAUUCUGAUUUCUAAACCAGUUUCUAAACGUUUUUUAAAAAUCCAAACACUUAAACAUUUGAAAUUGGAAAAUUAUUUUUCUUCCCCAAAGGAUUAUAUUAGAAAAACUACACCCCGGUAUCUUGCAGAAAUGCAUGGUAAGGUACCUCAAUUUUUUGUGAGUAAACAUGUUUAAGAAGCAAUACUUCAAUGACAAACUCUUAGAAAAAUUUAUCUAUUAUUAAGGAAAGUCUCGUCUGUCCUUAAUAGACUAAAAUUUUACAACAUUUUCUAGCAUUUAGUUAAAAAUUAAAUGACACAAUUGCUAUUUUUGAUCAUAAACAGUGUUGUUUUAAUCUGGUUGAACAAUGGAAAUGUCGAAACAUAUAAAACGCGGAAACGAGCUGUCAUGCCCCCCCCCCCAAUCCAUCGGGAAAUAAACCAGUGGGGACUGGCGAUGAAAAAUCAGAGUCACAGGGGAAAGAAUGUUCAAUGGUGACUAAUUUUGUCAAAAAGAGUGCGAUAUGAGAAUUUAAUUAAGAUUGUCUUAUGGUACUGUUCAUAGAAUUUUGACUGAGGACUACAUUAUAAAUAAAGUGAGUGUACAAUUGGUGCAAUGGUUUUUAAAGAAAGUGAAAUAUGUGAAUGUGUUCUUGAACCUCAAAACUUCAAUGAAACGAAGGGAACGCGUUUAAGUGUUUGACGGAGCAUAUCCGUCAUACGACGUUAUAUAGGUGUGGCGACUACCAUAAUAGCACUUUGUAUAUAAUUCGAUAUUGUGAAAAGUAUAAAUCUUUUUUUACUUCAAUUUGUCAGGACUGAUUUGAAAUCAAAAUAGCUUCCACCAUCAUUUUUUAUGUAAAAUUUUGUUGAUUUACGUCUACAAGUAGCAAUUUUAUCGAAGUUGUUAUAUUACUUUUGGAUCAACCCUCGUAUAUGUAUUUCGAUUAUGUUUUAAAAAUUAAAAGACUGCAACUUAAAAGAGGAAAACGAAAAAAUAUAUAUAACUAUGUAAUACGCUUAAUCACGAUUUGUAAAGUCAGAGCAUGAGUUGUUAAGGUUACUUUUAUAGAGGUCAAGAUCAAGUAAAUAAAUUUUGACUGAUUUCGUGGAGCUAGAUCUAUUAUGACGUCAUAAUCAAUUACAACUUUUUUCACUGUAUUUCCGCUUUAGCAGAAAUAUGUAGAAACGGGUAUUUUCGUGGAAUUCUAUUUGAAAUAAUAUAAAAGUGCACGUGUAAUUCCGAUACCUAUAUUAAUUUUGAUAUCAUUUUAAAGAUGUGGCCAAGAAAAUACAAUUUACCGUUUUUUUUG